AUGUGUCAGGUUCUCGUCGAUGGCGUCUUUGCUGCGAACUCCUCCAGUAACCUCCUGACGGAAGAAGAGCUCCUCGCCAAAGCCAAUAUGGCUUGCACGAUGAUGGGCGUCAAGGCUGCGGAUGCUCCUACAUCCUUCACCAUCAAAUCCUGCAAGAGACUAAAGAACGGAGGAGUGCUUUACGACCUGGACAGCCCAACAUCAGCCCUUUGGCUCCACACCCCGGAUGUCAUGAAAGUCUUCCUCGAACACUUCGGAGGACACAAUUGCCAGCUUAAGAUCCACUCCUAUGCUAUUUUAGCUGAGUUUGUCCCCACUGCUUGCCGCGCAGACGAUGACCACUACCUUCAUGGAAUAGAACAUUUUAAUAACUAUGACCCCGGGGACAUCGAGAGUGCUCGCUGGAUCAAGGCACCGGAGGGACGUCAUCCAAAUCAGAGAGUCGCACACCUCAUUGUCCGCUUCAAUGCACCUGUGCCGGUGAACAAUGCCAUUCGCAAAGGAAUAAUCAUUGCAGGUAAGAGAGUAAAUGCACACAAACUGAUCUCCGAGCCACAUAGAUGCCUCAAGUGUCAGAAGAUCGGCAUCCUGCACAUCAGUUCAGAAUGCAAGUCCAUCCACGAUACCUGUGGGUCAUGUGCAUCAAUAGGACACAAGACUGCGGACUGCGAGGUUGACCCGGAUGACUAUCAGUGUGCUAACUGCCAGGCCUCCGGCCGUACAGACUGGCGGGGGCAUGCAGCCUGGGAUCGCAUGUGCCCAGUGUUCCAGGAACAUCGCAGGAAGAUGGCAGACAGACAACCCGAGAGUAAGUACCACUACUUCCUGACAGCUGAUCCCGCCACAUGGGAACAGCUAACGGAAGUGACCUCUGCCCUGCCCAACACCGUCGUGGCCCCUCCCCAUCAGGCAGUGCCGCAUGACAACACACAGAACCCCCGAACCUUCUCUUUCAACUGGGCAGAUGACGUAGAUGCUUCAACGCCACCUCCUAGCAACAAGCCGCCUCGUCCGUCACAGGCUCGGAGGGCGCAAGAACAGCAAGAUGCACAACGACGCUAG